CAGACACUCGCUGCUGCUGAGGCUGAGGGAGGACGAGGGCACCGUCUCCUGAAGAAACCCUGCCUGCAGCACUCAAAACAGAAACUCCACAUUGUCUUGUUUACAUGGAUCCAUGGCACAGAGUGAAGGACACACAGUACAAAGUCACUGACAGAAGCUGAAAAUGAAUGAAGAUUACUGGUACUUGUGAUGAUGUUUUCCUGACUGAUAUGGGUGAUGUGAUAAUCUGAGAGGCGCCCUAAUAGCAUCCUUAGUGAAGCAUUUAUUUUUGACUCCCAUCAUCAUACGUCUACAAACCAUUAGAAGAAAUGAUCAGUCAACUACCAGAGGAUACUGUGGAGUCCCAGGGUUUAGAUGAGCUUGAGUGCAAGAUCUGUUACAACCGCUAUAAUCAGAGACAGAGGAAACCAAAAGUGCUGGAGUGUUGUCACAGAGUAUGUGCCAAAUGCCUUUGCAAGAUCAUAGACUUCGGGGACUCUCCUCAGGGAGUCAUAGUGUGCCCAUUCUGUAGGUUUGAGACAUGCCUGCCUGAUGAUGAGGUUAGUAGUCUUCCUGACGACAACAACAUCCUUGUGAAUUUGGCUUGUGGGGGAAAGGGGAAGAAGUGCCUACCAGAUAAUCCUACAGAACUGUUGCUAACUCCCAAAAGGCUGGCAUCUCUUGUUAGCCCUUCUCACGCUUCCUCCAACUGCCUGGUUAUAACCAUCAUGGAAGUGCAGAGAGAAAGCCCACAGACUCUGAACUCCACCCCGGUGGUGGAAUUCUACAGGCCCACGAGUUUUGACUCUGUUGCAACUGUAUCCCACAACUGGACAGUGUGGAACUGUACAUCCUUGCUCUUCCAGACCUCAAUUCGAGUGCUCAUUUGGUUGUUAGGUUUACUAUACUUUAGUUCCUUGCCUUUAGGGAUCUACUUACUGGUAUCUAAGAAAGUCACCCUGGGGGUCGUUUUCGUCAGCCUUGUUCCUUCGAGCCUUGUUAUUCUCAUGGUUUAUGGCUUUUGCCAAUGUGUAUGCCAUGAGUUUCUGGACUGCAUGUCUUCUUGAUAACAAAUAUAGUCAAAUAAGAUACUGCCAUGUUUG